CCGGUGCCUAGCAAGGUCAGGCUGAAGACGCCUUACGUCCCACCUGCUGAGAAAGAUCUCUUCCAGUACACUGAGAAGACUGAGAGAGACCUUUGUAAGGACUUGGUUGAGAGUGGAGGUGGGCCUUUACUAGCCAGUCGUGUGAGGCAUGGAGAGGUCAGUCAACCUCAGGAGAGGCUGGAGGUUGAGCUGGGUCCACCUCGAAGAAGGACCAGCGCCACCCCCACACAACCUCAGAGUGCCAGUGACUAUCUCUCAGCCGUCCGUACCACAGCAAGAGAUAAAAACCUGGCCAGAGUGGCGGAGGUGGAGUCACAAAGACUGAAGAAAGAACUGGAGAAGGAGGUAGAGGUCAACAAUGCCCUGGAGUACCAGCUACACACCCACCAGACAGUCUUACAGAAGUUCCUCCAGCACCACUACAGUCAAGUUACUGACGCUAUCACCAAAGGCGACUCAGCAGAACGUAACCUGAAACAGCAAGAGAUCCGUAUAGACUACUACUCUGGUCUACUGACUGAGUCGCAGACAGUUCAGCAGGAAGAACAAGAACGUCUUCAAGAACUGACAGCCUUUCAACAGUUCUUGACAGCAGUGACACCCCUACAGUCACUGCAGGACCUUACAAGACGACUCCAAGAACUUCAAACUGAAGCCAAGAUGGUCACUGGUGGUGAAGAUGGUAGCUGCCUUGCUUCUAGCUCCAGUGCCUUGGAUCUGGCUCUCGCUGCCAACACCUCUGUCAAUGGCACCUCUGGAGGUGAGGGAGGUGGUCUGAGUACAGACCUGUUGGCACUCAGAAUGCUGAACUCAGGAGCGAAGCAGAGUCGGCCUACCUCCAAGACUGAUCCUAGGUGCUUUGUGACACAUCCUGGGGAUGACAGAGGCCCUAAGCCUAUUUCUGAGGAUGCAACAGUUCCAGGGCCCAUUCAUGAGGAUGCAACAGUUCCUGGGCCCAUUCCCGAUGAUGCAACAGCUCCUAGGCCUAUUCUACAAGAUUCCAGAGUCCCUCAGAGCAUCUCACAAGAUAGUAGCAUCAUCUUACAGGACGGUCCUGACAGCUGUGAUGUCGGUGCCUUUGAUAAGUUCCUGGGUGAUGAAAGUCAUUUGCUAAGCCUGGCCUGUGUGUACGAGUCGCAGUGCCACAGCCUACUGGCACUCCUUACAAGGUUGAGAGCUCAGACAGAAGCUAUCAGUGCUGAGGUUGGUACUCGUCAGAGAAAGCUUGGUUCCCGCCUACAGGAGGUCCAGGAGCUGCAGCAGAGGGCCAGGGUGUCAGGUCACCAGGACCAGCUGAAGGACCUCAGGUCUGUCAUUGAAGAGUGGCCCCGUCUGUCUGGCGAUGCUGUGGCACAGAACCAGCUGGACCAACUGGUGGCACAGAUUGCUGAGGUUGUGAGUGAUGUGUUUGGCUCCAGUGAGUAUUCUCCACUAGUGCCAGAAACCACCAGUGCCAGCAGUGCCAAGAAACAGCCUGUUAAGACCACUGCAGUCCCUAAAUCGGGUGAAGUAAAGCCAGAAGCCACAGAGAUGACAUCAGUGCCAUUAAAGCCAGCAGUAAGUGCUGGGAUGGGUCAAGAGGCACUGUUAGCACUGCUGGAGGCCAGAGUUACUGACCUCUGUGCCCAGCUGGACAAUAUUGACCCUAAACUACGAGAUGUUAUCUUCCAGAGUUGUGAACAGUCUCGUAAAGCUCGGGUGAAGGAAGAGAAGAAGCUGGAAGCUGAAGUUCGUAGAGCUGAACGUAAGAGACGUCAUCUUGAGAGAGCUCUAGCUGAACCUCCAGCUAAACCUCUGUGAGCUUUUGAGAGCCUCACAGGUCCUCUGUGAACCUCUGAGAACCACCCAGCAUCACUGCAAUCCUGAAGAAUUGUGAACCUCUAGCACCACUGUGAACCUCCCAGCACCACUGUGAACCUCCCAGCACCACUGUGAACCUCCCAGCACAACUGUGAACCUCCCAGCACCACUGUGAACCUCCCAGCACCACUGUGAACCUCCCAACACCACUAACCUCCCAACACUACUGUGAACCUCCCAGCACCACUAUGAACCUCCCAGCACCACUGUGAACCU